UCGUGGUGUUUAAUUUAAUACAAAGCAACGUAUGCCCGCGCGCAUUUUUCCGUAUGCAUAUUGCAUUUGCUAUUUUUGUAUACGUCGCAUAUAUAAACUACGUUUGCAUUUGCGAUUGAUAUACUCAACGGCAAUCUCUCGUGUCAUUUUAUUGUAAUAUUUUACGCGCCAGAUGUUUCAUCUCGUGGAACAUAAUAAGCCCCUCCGCUAUUUGCCUCACUUGUUUUAUUCGAGCUUAUUUUGAGCUUGAAAACUACUCGUAUUUCCCGACGUCGACGAUCGAAGGUUAAUGUCACGGGAGGCAUGGGUGCGUCAACACCCAGCCGGGCUUGCGCGUCCUAUCCCAAUAGAAGCGGAAAAAUAGCUUUCCCUUGCGACGAGAGAGACGAUAGAGAAUAGGAGAGGCGAAAGAGCGCGAGCGAAGGAGGAUAAGGAGAAGGAAGGAAGGAAGGAAGGAAGAAAGAGAAUGAAAAAGGGGGAGGGGCAUUUAUUAUUAGAGGCCAAGCGAGAGGGCAAGCGGGCCCGAGCCGAGCGGCGCGGCGCGGCGCGGCGUCGACGCGCCGUUGGUGCAGGGAAGGCGUCACGGGAUCCGACAUUGCGGUAGGCUACGCAUCCACGCGUAUCCCGCGCAAUGCGUGUAAUGGUAAUCGGCCGGCGUAUACAUGCGGACGCCGUCGCGCCGCAUCGCCGACUGGGGUCUCUCCUCUUGGUGAGCGUCGGACGGUGGGAGCCGAGCACGGCCGAAGCCGAACGGCGAAGAAGGCCGAAGCGGCGGCACGGCGCGAGUGACGUGCGCGCGGAGCGGGCGAGCGGGCGAGCGAGAGCUCCGGCAGUGGAGUGGAGUCGGAGUGUGAGAGUCUGGAGAGUGAACGAGACUCUGGACUAGCGGGCUACCCCGGUUCCGAGUCAGUCAGUGUGCCACCGGCGACCGUAGCCACGGUGCAGGAGAAACGCGGUUAUGCUCCACGGCAGGUCGAUCUAACUCUCCGCACUCAUCUCUUUCCCUCUUCGCCGGGUGAUCCCUCGUCUCCCCUUUUGGAGGACAACGAUAACGGAUAUACUGACCACGGGGUCGUUGAGGACACACGGAGUGAUACCGCGUGUGUGGUAUCUCGCGCGUUAACAGUGAGACCGACGAAUCCACCCGCGGCACCCGAGUGAACGAUCUCGUCUUUCGCGUGACCGUGAAACUGGACGGCCUUUUUUUUUUCUCCAGCCGGUCGGUCGAUCGUGUCGAGCUGACAUCACGACGGCUCCCGUCGGCUCACGUCGAACGUUCAGUGAGAGUGACCUGACAGCGAACGUGAGUUGACUCAUCGGAAAUCGCGAACGUGUUUCUCUCUCUCUCUCUCUCUUUCUCUUCUGUCUCGGCAUCCCACGCGGAAAACACCGCGAAGAGUUCGGAUCGCCGAGAGGAACCCUCCGUCCCGUUUACUUCGCGCGAUCGUACUUUCUUUGUUUUUGAACGAGUUACCAGCAUCGCACACGAACUGCCUCGCUGACAACCUGGCGCGUAGCAUUUCUGGAGCGUGUCAGAUAUUAAAUCGAUAAAAUCUUAUAUUCGUCUCCACGUUCGUUUUUUCUCUGUGUCCGUGUGUGUCUGUGCGUGUGUAUGUGUCGUCCGUUUACCUCGUUCUCUCUUUUCCCGGCUGUCCGCCCCUCACCGUCGACCGCGACGCGAGAAGAUAAUCCGAACGAUAAGCGCAAACCGGAAGUGUAACGCGCGCGCCGGGCACUAUCGCGCCUGUUUUCCGGGAGUGGGAGGACAAACACCUCCGCGGCAAGGAGGAGGCUCGAGAUUUCUUUCGAAGGACAUCCGUCGUGGCGCGCCGGCGGGGGGGCGGACAGGGGAGAAACUCCGCCAAGUGCAAUGCCGUAAAGUCCGUCAGGGGAGAGAAGUGCGCCGUUCGGGAUACCGAGAAAAGAUAAGGAAUCGCGGGAUGCCGCAUCGAGUGUCCUGGUAGUGCGAAGGUGGAGGUGGUGGAGAGGAUCUGUCGAGGAUCGCCGAAGGGAGAUUCGGAGAGCGGAAAGAGGCGAGAGAGAGAGAAAAAAAAGAGGCUGCUUCGCGCCGGCCAGGAGAACUCAGGGAGAACACCAUGCUCGAGGAUCAACCGUUGGAUCUGAGCGUACGCGUUGGCGACUAUGCGGAGCUCACCAGGGAGGACAAGGACGAGCAGGAUCAGCGGGAGCGCAAGGACCUGCCCGUCGACGACUACGGGAACGAGGCGGCCGCCCUGAGGCUGCGGGGAUGCUUCGCCACCGCGUCCGAGUACAGUCAGGAGCGGGAGGAUCGGACUUGCUCCGAGGACUCCGAUGAUUCUUGCUCCGAUAACAAUCAACAAACAAAAGACGGCGGCGGCGGCGGCGGCAGAUCGCGGUCCAGGCCGCCCGGCACCAAACCCUACAAGAAGAACCUCAUGAGACGAUACCUGGACACCAGGGAAGUCCAGCCACAUGAUCCGAGUGAGAAAGAACAGCUGGGCCUCGCGAGCAUAAAAGUGGAGCCAGGAUCUACCAGCGCGACGACCACCAGUAGCACGGGGACCCGUCUGCUUCACGGUAUCCUCUCCCAGCAUCCCCAGCAGCAUGGCCUGGGGCUGCAGAACGGAUACGGCCGACACUUGGCCGGUCACGCACAAAUGGGCCAACCGCCUUACACCACUGCCGCUAUCGCCACGACGAGUACGCCAGGAAGCGGAUCACUGCCAGCGAGUCCAGCGGACAGCGGAGUCAGCGACGUCGAGUCCAGCACGUCCUCCGGUGGCAACGAGGACGCGAAUCUCUUACUGAAAGCCAGGCUCAAUCCUAAUUCGUCCCUUCAGCCGAGUCUGGCGUCUCAUCACUCCCAUCUGUCGUCGGCAGCACUCGGCAGAUCGGCCUGCCACAGCCCCGGUGUGUACCCGGGGUCGACGGCAAGCUUCCUGUCGCCCGCCUAUCAUCCUCAUCAGCAUCAUCCCUCCCAGUAUCACCCACAUCGGGGGAGCUCGCCGCACCAUCAGCACAGCAACCACACCAUGGGUCCAACGAUGGGGCCGCCUCACCACCACCACCACCAUCAUCAAGCGCAGGGUCUCCAGCAUCACUUGCAUUACCGUCAGCCAUCCUCACUGUCCGACAGCUACAACAAUUACAUAAACAUGUACGGCGGAGGUGGACAGUUUGCGACCCCCUGUACCCCAAGCCCGCCGCGGGGACCCGGCGGCGUGCCCACCAGCGUGAUUCAGGCGGCUACUAGCUCGGUCUCGGACGAUCUCUACCUUCUCGAGCUCGGGUUUCCGUCGCGCUCGAAGAAGAGCAAGCUGAAGAAGCCGCGACAGGGCGGCGAGGGCGGCGCCGCGGUGAAGCGGAAGUCGCGCGAGGGCUCGACCACGUACCUGUGGGAGUUCCUGCUCAAGCUGCUGCAGGACCACGAGUACUGUCCGCGCUACAUCAAGUGGACGAAUCGCGAGCGGGGCGUCUUCAAGCUGGUCGACAGCAAGGCGGUCUCACGGCUCUGGGGCAUACACAAGAACAAGCCGGACAUGAACUACGAGACGAUGGGCAGGGCACUGCGCUACUACUACCAGCGCGGCAUCCUGGCGAAGGUGGACGGCCAGCGGCUGGUCUAUCAGUUCGUCGACGUGCCGAAGGACAUCGUCGAGAUCGACUGUACGGGCGCAUGAGACAGGGAGUCGGCCCGUCCCUCGGCGGGGCACGAGAGGGAGAGAAAGGAGGAACGGCAGAAGCAGCAGCACGGCAUUUCGCCGCGAGUCUCACGCGGACGUCGGCCGUCGUCGUUAUCAUUGCCGUCGUUGAUGCAGCGCUGUCGCGAACCCGUCGCGGGGUCUCAUCCGCGCGAAAGGUCGUCGUUCAGCGGUUUUCUCCAUCGAGACGCGCCGACCUGGCACACCCCUCAGAUGUUGUAAAACGCGUUCAACUUUUCUCCUUUUCUUUUCUCUCCCUCUGUCUCUUCCCGUCUGUAUCUCCUUACCUGCUCCUCUAUCCCUCUCUAUCUCUCUAUUUCCAUCUUUCAUUCUGGCUUCGUUUGUUCCUUGUAUUAUACCUAUGUAAAUGUAUAUUAAGGCGCCGCAUGACGAUGUCGUCGGAGGUGGUCCCGACCCAGUACCUCAUCCUUCUCCUGCGGCCCGUUUCUUUUUCGCGUGUCCAAAUGCCGCGUAGGAUCGGGACAGGACGGCGCUCGACUCGUUGAAAUUUGUACAAAAUUUAGUUCUUAACGUAUCGAGAAAGGAAACUAAAGAUUCUAUUUGGUGUACCUUACGGGAGGGACGCCGUGGACAAAUUACUUAAGUCGGAAAGCGAAAAGUUGUAUAUUCGAAAGAGCGAAACAAAUUAUUUAUUGUAUAUUAGACAUUUAUAUAUGUUAUCUAAGAAAAUUGUUACGCGCGUGAUCCGCGCAGAUGGAAAACUUAUGGAAACGGACGAAAGUUACACAAAAAAAAAAAUGAAACGAAAUGAGGGCUGUGAAAAGGUUUACGAUACGGAGAGGAGAGGAGAGGAGACGAGAUGUGUAGUGGAACGGGAAAGGAUGAGAAGCGUCUCUCGAAGUUUCACGGAGUGAGCUCAGGGAGGGGUGCACAUUAUAUUUUUUUAAGUAUAAGUGGAAGGGAUUGGCCCUUUUCUGAUUCGUGAACUGAGGGUUCAACAACGCAAGGUGCUGGCUAAUAUACAUGCAGACACACACACACACACACACACACACACACACACACACACACACACACACACACAUUCGCACACCGAGGUCCAAGAAAAUUAUUAUUUAGCAACCUAGUGUUACUAAUUCGUAAAGAUUAUCGAUGCGGACGAUUAUAUCUCUCUGUAUAUAAAUAUAAAGAAUACCUUUAGUAAAAAAAUAUAUAUAUAUUAUUGAAUAUUAUAUAUAUAUUAUAUAAAUAUAUCUAUUGUAUGUUAUGUAGUAAAAAUGGAGCGAUUUGAUGUAUCUUUAUGAGAUUUUGGCGUCACGGCGACACACGCGUAGGGCGCUUUCAAUCUCGCGCGACGUCUCUCUUUCGAAACUUUCUAUAUUAUUUAGUUCGUUCUUAUAUAUAUUAUAUAUCGAGGACGAAUUUUGUACGUUCGAGAGCGCCGAUUUCGCGCUCGAGCCUUCUAAAGUCGCAGUCAUAACGCACAUAUAUUAUACACGUGUAUUGCUGGUCUCGUAUGCUCAGACUGAUCGGAGACGUCGCACGUACAACACAGAGAAGCCCGCCCGACGCACGGGAAGCGUAAUAAAUAAAAUGUGUAACUUUAGAAUAAAAUUUAACUUAUUGGCGCCCCGGGACGCGUGACGCGCGCGAGUGCAAGUGUAUCCUAUAACUCUAAGUUUUGUACAUAAAGAGGAAAUCGUCAAAAAUAUUAUUUACGUUUAGGAAGAACGUAAUGCUGGUUAUCUUCGCGAAAAUUAUAUCCGCGGAAGAAAGUGAGAAACAACAGAUGGAAGGUAGAAGAAAAACAAACGGAUGAGGAGCGUUUAGCUAGAUGAUGCGCGACUACGCGGCCGAUUGCGAUGCGCGUAAACAGGCUGAUUUGUCGCAUUACAGCCUCGGGAUAAAUACCGGAGAAAAAACGAAAUAUAUAUACAGUACAUUUGAACAGUGAUCCAGUGCUGCCAAUAAUGCCUGUAAACGGUCCCUUUGCACUUGUUCGAUUCGAUGCUCUUCGAGUCGAGCUACGCACGGUGCUGGUCAGAUCGAUCCGAUGUUUUUGGGACACACAGAUAUACCGAUGAUACAAAGCAAAUUGCCUUCUCGUAUUAACAAAGACGUGUUGCCUUCUAACAAAAAAAAGAUGCAUAUAAAAGUUCUAGCGAUUUGUAUCGUAAAUGCCGUCACUUUGUCCAGGUACUUAAAAGCCCUUUACAUAUAAAGUCCUAACACAUCGUUUUUUGUGACGAAUUGAAUUUUGUAAUUUUAUCAGCGAAAAGUUCUUUGGUACGUGGUGACUUUUAUCGUACUUCGAAUACAAUGUAUCGGCGGGAAAUAGUAAUAAUAUUAAUAAUAUUAAUAAUGCUAAAAAAAGGAAAAUAUAUCAGAGUACAAUGGACAAAAGUACCUAUAGUAUACCACUUCUAUACAUGAUAACGGACACUUAUAAACAAUGAAUGGACACUACAACAGAAAUCCUAUUUUUAGGUAAAUUAAAUUUACAUAUACAUAACAAUCCACUACACUACGAGAUAUUUUAACAAAUAAGACUUUACUAUAAUAGAGAUAAAUACAUAAUUAUUUACCUGUAAAAUAUAUGAAAACACGAUGGAUUGACGUAAGGAACUCUAAUGUAACGUUCUGUGAUUCGUUGUUUGUAGGUGAAAUUUAAUAAAAGAUUAUUGUAUCAUAAUAUA